UGUCUCUUUAAAGUUGUCAACCUGUCAGCUCAACAGUAACCCACCAGCCCGCACUACGCGGACUUGUGACCGGGUAGGAACAGAUAAGGGGUGCGCGGCACCAGCACCGCACCGAUGUCCAGCGAAGACGCACUUCUCCAGCCGAACGGCGCAGGACAGCCGCCGCCGUUUGCCCCGGGACCGAGCUCUUCCAUGAAGGCUGCAGGGGGGCACGGGGAUGGAGGAGGUGACAUGGCGGGAGGAGGGUGGAGAGACGAGGCAGAAGACGGCGACGAGUGGGAAGACGACCUGGACUCGUAUCAGCUGGAGAAGCGCAUGAAUGACCGAAGAAGAGCCAAGUCUUUACCCGCCAGCUUCUUCGAGGAGGACAUCCCCGCGAACGGCGAGGGGAGGAAGCGGGUCAAGUUCGCCGACUCCAUCGGUCUGAACCUGGCCAGCGUCAAGCACUUUAACACGCUCGAAGACCCCCAAGUCCCCACCAAAGUGCUGUCGAGGUUGAACAGCUACCCGCAGCACCAGCAGGACCUCCUUGGGGUCGGCGAACUGUUCCAGUCGGCCCUCACCAUGGACCGCCUGGUCCGGUGCUUCCCGCAGCCGGCGGAGUCGAGCGGGUUCGAGACAAGGGUUCGAGACCAGCGGGUCUGUCUCGAGAAGAUCACCAUCACCCAGUUCGACGUGCGGGGGCAGAUCCGAGUGGGCGCCACGUUUCCCAACCAGGAGGUCGGUGUGAGAUACACGUUCAACGACUGGCUCUCCCACGUGGACGCACAGGCCCAGGCCCUGGCCGCGGAUCCACAGAGGCCAGCUUUGGUCGGGGAGCGUUUUACCUUCACCAUGUACACACCGCCCUUCCUAGACCCCAGUUCCUCAGUCAGUUUCGCCGUAUACCUACAGUGUGACGAGGGUGUUUUUUGGGACAACAACGAAGGGAAGAACUACACUCUCAAGCACCACUGUUUCCCCAGCUGCGCGGCGCCUUACGUCAGCGCGGCCUUCCACGCCACCUGAAGUGUGGGAGACCGUGCGCGCCAUGGUGCUCCAUUAUGGUGGCGCUUCGUUCGCACGUUGUAAUAAUUUCCCUAAUUUUUCGACAUUUCAGUGGCCCUGUGUUCUAAAACGUGUUGCAGGGGUCACGCAAGGGGCAUGACUUCCAACUAUGAUGUCUUGUUACCGUUAGGUUCCAAAAGUUUGAAUACAAUUUUUGUAACAUUUUAUUAAAACUAUUCAUUGUUGCCAAUAUUCGCCUGAAUUGAAAGUCACUUUAAAACCCCAUGUGAAGAUAGCGGGACUGACAUAAAUAUGGUUCAAUGGAUUUAUUUUUUGAAGAAGACAAGACAGGAUGAAGCUAAUAAUGCUAUACAUGCUUGGGAUGCUCACAUGCCACAAGCAUACCCAAAAAAGUAAGAAUGGAUGUACCAUGAAUCAGAUGGAGAGUGACCAGUGCCUUACUGGCGGCCCCCUAUCCCCUAUCUCCCGUUCUGCAGAAGGCUUCUGGUUAAUGAAUUCUGUACGGACUGAGCUGAGCAAACACACCAGGGGCCCCACCUCGGUCCAUACACCUCAUCGAUCGACCCGCAUAUGCCUGUUAUCAAUUAUAUAUAAUUUCAUGGUCAUGUUAUACAGUAUGCCUUAUCGUCACAAGGGUCCAUUGUAUUGAAAACUGCUGUGCUAUUGAAUUGGGAUGAUCGGGAUAUGAUCCAUAGGUCGUAUCCCAGGUGACCAUUGCACAGAUAUGAUUGGUUUAGCUUGGGACUGGCUCUGAUGGCUGUAUUAUUGGCCAGUAAGCGUUCAAGCAGGACAACCCUUAACCUAUUAAGCUGAUCUGAUGCUUCGCACCAGUUCUGCAUCAUCGUACCUGUUUAGAUCUAUAAAUUUUAACCCCAUAAUUCUAAAACAAUAAUAAUAUUAGGAACACAGAUGCUUGUGUGUUUACAGGCAAGUUGUAUGGAGCAAGCUGGAAUCAACUAAAACAAAACAUCUAAAGGGCAGUCUACCCAAUAUCUCAGAACAAUUGAGAUCCUCAAGCACUACAACAGAAUCUCGCGAGCUCAUGUUUAAUUUGCUCUGAUAAGUUCCGGCUCCCCUCCCAUACCAAAAGGUUUCUGCACAGUAUCUAAUAUACCGACUCAGAGCAUUGAGAGAAGAGUUGCGACCCUCUCUGAUCUCGGCGGCGGGGUGGUCACGUGGUUCAUGUAAGCCUGUAUAGUUCCAAACACGCCGCGCUGCCAUGUUCUUCUAUGGGACUGACAGCAGCGAUUGCAAUAUUGAAUCGUAAAUAUAAAUUAAAAAAACACAUACCCAAGUA